UUGCUCAAUAACGUGAGUAUAGGGAACGGGACAUCCGUGUCAUUUAUCCGAUUCCUUGGCUUCCUUUGUUUUUCUGGUCUUGUUUGUUUCUCUUUGUUUCUGUGUCGGUGUUUUCCGCUCAUUUUCUAUCUCCAGGAGUUUCAACUUUCCACUGGUUCCUCGAAUACCUUUAUCCUCUUGUUCAUCUCAUACAAUCAUGGAGGAUGCUGGAUCAGCUGCCGCUACUCUCAACGUGUUGGAAGCUAAGGAUGGAACAAUUUCCGUGGCUUCUGCAUUUGCUGGUCACCAACAAGCUGUACAGGAUAGAGACCACAAUUUCCUAACAAAAGCGGUCGAAGAAGCAUAUAAAGGAGUUGAAUGUGGUGAUGGAGGCCCAUUUGGUGCGGUUGUUGUUCGAAAUGAUGAAGUAGUUGUAAGCUGUCAUAACAUGGUUUUAAGAAACACUGAUCCCACUGCUCAUGCUGAGGUUACUGCUAUAAGAGAGGCUUGUCAAAAGUUAAAUCAAAUUGAGCUCUCAGACUGUGAAAUCUAUGCAUCUUGUGAGCCUUGUCCGAUGUGCUUUGGUGCAAUUCAUCUUUCAAGAAUUAAGAGAUUGGUUUAUGGAGCUAAAGCAGAGGCUGCAAUAGCAAUUGGAUUUGAUGAUUUUAUUGCCGAUGCACUGAGGGGCACUAGCUUUUAUCAAAAGGCCCACUUGGAGAUUAAAAAGGCAGAUGGUAGUGGUGCUGUAAUUGCAGAACAAGUAUUUGAGAAAACCAAAGCCAAGUUUCCUCUCUACUGAUUUUGCUUUAAUCAUAUUCUGAACAAUGAAUACAUGUUACAGUUGUUCAUGAAUUGAAGAAAUAUACAAUUUGCAUGCUCCUAUGCUGGUGUUCAUCUGUUUUUAUCCCGAAGAAUUGCAGAUGAUUAUUGAUAUGUUAAAUAUAUGAAGGUACUUACAUGUUUGAUUAUGGUUUAAGAGUUGCGUCUUAGGAAAAGCAAGUUCAUGUAAGAGAAGGAAGCAACUUGGCUUGAUAGCAACUGGACUGAAUCUAUGAAUGACAGUGCCAU